UGUGCGCAUGCGCAGAAGGGCAGACAUACGCCGGGCAAGGACAUAAGGAGAGUGACAUUUGUGUAACGUUGACUACUAAUUCGUGUUCUAUCUAAAUCACAUCAAAAUUAGCGUCAAUCAGAUUUGGAUACACUCUCGCAUCUCUGCACAGUGAGCUGACGCUUCACAUCAUUUUGUCAGAUUCACGGAGGACAGGUUAGGUUUUGAAGGACAAAGGUUUCUGUCUCUGUGAAUGGGUGAGUAACCAGAUGCAGCGUUGGAUGGGAGAGUUCACGUUGCCUCCUCUUUGAGUAGCUUGAUGAUGUCAUCUUACUGAGACUCCACCGAGGUCAACUCAGCACCUUGACUUGAAUGGCUGUGUGCAGAGGGGGUGUCUCUCUUUGGGUGGGGUGUAUCAGGAACCAUGGUGGCAGACAACCAAUGAGGAAACAGUGCUGGAAUUUAUGUCAGACAACCGACUUUCACUUGAUUGACAACUGUAGGACUGUGAGCAGUGCAUCAUGGAACUUGGUUCCUCCAAACAGUAUACAAUACCUGUCCAUUAAACAGCCAUCCCUGUCCCAUCCCUUCCACCAUGCGUGCCAGCCGAACCGAGCGGCCAGCCUAGAGGAGGAGGAAUGGGAGGAGUCCAUCAGCUGGCCUGUCCUGCUCAAACCCGGAGAGACCGAUGAGCAGCACACCGUGGUGGAAGUGCCCUUUCUUGGGCCAACCAAACUAAGUGAGCUCCUUGCUUUGAGACCCAACAGACCAUUUGACUUGCUUUUUCCUUUAACUACUGUUGAUGGAAGCAGAGAGGAUGAUAUUAGCAUUACCAGAAAGUAUGGGACUGAUGAAAACCAGCUGAUGGAGAGAGGCUCCUUCAGAAGUCUGUUUGAGACCGAGAGAUGCCCUGCACCUUUUAUGUUGGGAUCUCGCUUCUAUUGCUUUCACUACCCCGGGAUGGAGUCUGUCUCAGAGAUUGGGUUCAAGCCAAGAAAGGGACAGGGUGGGCAGAGUAUCUAUCCGGCCCUCAGUGUCAUGCAUUACAGCCACGCUGAGACUGAGAGAGUGGAGGAGAGCUCUAGCCAGAGAGACAUGGAGGAUGAGGAGAAACUGGCCCUCAUGCAUGAAAAGCUCAGGGUGGAGCUUCCUAGUUUCUUUGUGAAAAAUCAUGACUACAGCAUGUACUCUGAAGAUGUUGAGUUCAUCAAUGGUCUUCUGAACACCAAAACAAGGGGUCGAGUAGUGUACCAGCUGACUCUGACGCUUUGGCGAUUGAUGUGUCUGUGUUACUAUGCGGAGGCUCAGCUGGAAGUGCUGAAGCUGACCAAGCAUCCAGAAGACGGCUCCAUCAAAGCUCGCUGGAGAGUCAAAGGCCUGCCCUUCCAUUCCAUUCUGAUCUUCUUCUACAAGAAAGACAAGAGCCACCUCUACAGAACAUAUGAUGCAUUCUCCACCUUCUAUCUUGGCUCUGAUGGACGAAUACAUAGGCAUAAAGUUGAAAAGGUUAUGGAGGCUCGUCCUCCCUUGCUGCCCAAAGUGACGUCAGUGCUGGCCGGGGCUCUGGUGGCGCUGGGCAUUCAGGAACAUCGUCCCGCCCUCAACCUGCUCCCUCUCCUGCUGUCCUCCCUCCGACAGACCCAAGCCUGAGCCGCAGAGCAGCACCAGAGCCAUUCAAAAGACUGAAAAAGAUGCAGUGCUGUAUUGUGUGGGUUGAGUGAAUGAGAUAUUGAUUACCAGUUUUUUGGGGGUAAAUCCACAGGAACAAGAACAAACGAGUUAAAACUCUUCUCACUUGAAACAAUCUUUCUGUUGC